AUGACGCAAAACACGAAUCGUCGAACUGGAGGGUCAAAUUAUGAAUAUGAUCGGCUUGACUACGCCGAACCUAUCCGAGGAAACGCCGAUUAUGCAAAAUGCAGAUACCCUCCACCUAAGAAGAGGUCUACGAAAAAGUCUAAAUACGCCUAUCAAGGAGUUUCAUACGGCAGCUUCAUCGUGAUGGCAUGUCUUAUUGCCGUCGUGGUAGCUUUCAUUAUCGUCUUCGCUGUCAAGAAGCAACAGGCUGGCAGCUUCAGCUCGGAUAGUCCAGAAUAUUCGCUGUACAAGAACACUCGAUUCCAGGAAUGCUACAACAAUGCGUCUAUAUCGGGAAAAGCUGACUGCACCGCGAUUGAAAAUCGACUGAAUGACCGGCGAUCAUCUGGCUUUGAAGAAAACAAUAUUGCGUACAUUAACAGUGGUACCCUUUUUGAUAAUGAAAACCGCGACAUUUCCUGGGAGUGGUGCGAAAUGAUCAGCUGCUUUCCAGAUUUCAAGAUCGUCCCAUCCAAACCCCGUCCUCUAGCCAUCUGGCCUACACUUCUUACAACUUGGGGCCCGGUUGCUCUUUACAUCAUCGGAUCUCUCUUCCAAUUUAUCAGACAGCAACAGGGCGUGUACAGCAAGAAGCAAAAGCCUUGCAAAGGGUUGAAAGAAAUAAAUGUCUUCGACUGGAUUGUCCACGCCUACGAUUUUGCAUCUGUUGUCUGGUGGUGGUAUACAUUCGGUCGUCUAGUGGCAAACCCAAGCCACGAAACCACGCCUUUUCCCGUCGGAUGGGUGACUAUUUGGAAAUAUGCCGGGAUGAUCAGAUUCCAUCCUUAUUCCUGUGCAUCUAGAAAGAACCCGCGCAGAAUCAAGAUUGCCCGCGGUAUACUUUAUUUCCUUGCUGCCGCCCAGUGGGUUGCCGCGUGCUACAUCUUGCAUAUCAAUUGGCCUGUCUAUGGCCGCCGUGCACCGAAUCCCAGUUACGACUGCGUCCUUGCGGAAAUUGACGCUGCACCGGGUACUUCUUCAUGCACGGCGGAGCAGAUUUGUUCUCGAAACUGGCUAUUUGUCGAUCAAGGAUUCCGCCUUAGCUCCGAGACAAAUGACACUUUCCUCGGGCUUCUGCUACUCUUCGGCGCAUUGACGAUCGCAGCCCUGUGGCCUGUUUUGAUGGCCUCCAUACUUCCAAUGAUGAGAUCUAAGGGGGAUACGGAUCCGGAUAGUAAAGCUCGGAGAAUUUUGAGCUGGGGAGACGUGGGCCCCGUUGUCUCUGUUUGUGUUUGCUCAUUCUUUGGGGUCAUUGUCGGAGCCAUGCUCAUAAACGAAUUGGUGAAAAGGCUGGACGCAACACCCGACGCAGAAGUGAAUUUUGACUGGGAAUGCAAGGCUGUUCAUGUAUCGCUGAGUCCUUGGAGGUAUUAUGUUGACGUGGACUAUGAGAAGGGAUUGCGAUUCGCCAAGAUGUGGUUCAACGCUUGA